CAGCAGCAGGAGCAGCAGCAUGGAGCUGCCGGACCCGGACCGUGUGCACUUUACCAAGAUCGCCAAGCACAUGACGUCGGCGCUCCUCGAUGCGACCAACAUGGCCAAGGCGCUGCCAUGGAAGGUCGUGUACGAGAAGAAGAACUUUGCGAUCCAUCGGACCGAGCUCUGCGGCAUCGCGCCCGUCAACGUCCACGCCGCGACCAAGCUUGCGGCCGAGAUCGAGGACGUGACCGAGAACCUCAUCACGACGACGACCGAGUCGUACAAGGCCAUGAUGAGCAUGCUCUCGUCCGACUUUUUAGACGGCGCCGUCCUCGCCAACAUUGUGCUGCCGUCGCCGGCGCGGCCGUUCCAGUACGUGGGCCUCAAGUGGGCGGCCUUCAAGAGCGCGACGCCGUUCGUCAAGGACAAGGACUUCGUCUUGCUCGAGUACGUCGACCUGAUCGAGGACGCGCACGGCCGGAAGACGUCGUUCCGUGUCAUGCAGAGUGUCGAGAUUCCCACGUACAUCGAGACGCCCGGCAAGUUUGCCCGGGAGAGCGUCCCGCUCGUCGGCUUCAUCUACUAUACGACCAAGAAGGCCGGCGAGCUGCGCAUGACAUACAGCUGCAGCAUCGACAAGAACGGCGACCUUCCGACGUGGGCCGCGAACGCCGCAAUCCAGUCGCACGUGGAAAAGUGCAUCUCGAAAACGCUCAAGUACAUCGAGUACCAGCGCAUGCGCCGGGACGCCUUUGUCUUACCGCAGCAGGUCAUUCCGCUCGCAGAGGACCAAGGCAACUGCCAAGUGUGCAUCAAGCCCUUCAUGUCGCUCUACCGACACAAGUACACGUGCCUCAAAUGCGGCAACGUCGUCUGCAGCAAGUGCUCGGCCCUUCGCAACGCCGAGGUGCCCGAGCUCGGCAUGCGCAAGCUCCGCGUCUGCACCGCGUGCGUUAUCCAAGUGCGGCUCACACACCGGCGCGGGUCGGCCGACCUCAAGACAUCGUUGACGUCGUCGUCCGACACCUCGUCGUCGAGCUGCUGCAGCGUGCCCGACGUGCCUGGGCGCCAGAUGAUUGAAGACAUUCUGCAACCCGUGCGCGUCCUGGUCCGGGACGAGUACCGCGUGUUCUCAGCGCUCCACGAAGCGCUUCCGACGGCCUUUCCAUUGCGCGCAGCGAGCGACAGCCGCGUGCCGUCGUUCCGCGCCGGACGCCGGGUCACGGUCGGCGCGCCCGAGAUUGCCGCCACGAUCGCCCAGCUGCGGGAAACCAACGACGACAUGCGCCGCCUCCUCCCAAUGUCGCCGCCCCGAAGCGUCGUGCCACUCGACCGGUACCAUCGCCGGCGGACGACGGUCGGUGCCACCGAGCUCGCAAGCGUUCUCUCCGAGUUUCACGCAAGCCGGGACGACACGACGGCCAUUGCGCGCAUCAUUGCCGCCGACUCGGAGGUGCUCUCGUCCGACUCGUCCGACUCGGAAGACGACGACGACGAUGACGUGAGUGCUACGACGGACGAUGAGAGCACGGACGAGCGGAAGCCGCCGCAGCUCACGGAGACGACGUUGCGCGAGUUUGACUCGAUCCAGAGCUGCAUUGCGCGAUCACGUCAGAUCGUCGAGGUGACGGAGCAGGCGCACAAGGUCGCAAGCAUCGUCCGGCAGCAGACGCAAGUGCUGGCGAGCCUCAGCAGCGCCAAUGGCUCGCGCAAGAGCUCGUUCUCGUCGACGACCACGAUCUCGCAGCCUCGCAAGCCGUCGGCCGGCGCGAUCCUUUUCGACUCGUCCGAGUACGAAAGCCGUCUGGACGACGACACACUGCGGCUGCGGCAGUUCCAGGCGAGCCAGGCCGCGCAGCGCCGGCGGUCGUCCAACGACGUGGCCAAGCCGGCCGCGCGCCGGUACUUUCUCUUUUAGACGCAAAGUCUUUUUUGCGCGGCCGCCGUCCACGUUGGAAUGCAUGGCGUCCUCGCGCUCCUCGUACAGUAGUAGCCACGGUAGAGUAACCCAGAGUAUAAUUUAGCAGCAAGCACUGAAAGUGUC